AUGAUUGGGCAACAAGCAAUAAGGGAUUGGCUUUUUAUAAAUGAAAAGAUCGAAAAGCAGUUCAUAUAUUAUCUUCUCUUCACUCACCAGAUGACAAAAGAGGUUUACACAGGCUUAUUAUCUAUAAAAUUAGUUGAUGUGCAAUCCCCAUCCAUAGUGAAAAAAAGAACUAAAUCCAAUAUUGAAAUCAGAAACCAUAAGCCAAAUGUCUCAAAACAUUUGAGACUUACUGAAUCUAAACAUCAACCAACUGAAGGCAGUAGUAGAAGGUGUGCGAUGUGUUCAACUAAAAAAAAACCACAAAGAACAAAAUGGAUUUGA